AGUAUCAACGACCUUAAAUCAUUAUUUGGAGCACAGAUGCGGUGGGUGUGGAUAGAGAGACAGACAGGGUUGGAAGAAACAAGAAACUGACACUAAAUUGAAUGGCGCUAGUUCGUGUGUACCCAACAGCCACCACUCUUCCUCGCCUUGCUUCAUCACUUUCCCUUGGAACCAAAUUUGUGGUUCGAAGCUCUUCUAACCUUCAACUCCAAAUGCAGCCCAAUGACUCACGCAAGUUAAUUCUGGAAGUGAAGGACAAGCUUGAAAAAGAAUAUUAUAGUCUUCCCGUUGGUAGAAAUGGUAGGGAUGAUGAAGAUAUGAUAUUAUGGUUUCUGAAAGAUCGCAAAUUUGAUGUUGAAGAAGCUGUUUCCAAGUUGACUAAAGCCAUUAAAUGGCGUCAAGAUUUUGAGGUGUCUAAAUUGACCGAAGAAUCUGUUAAAGAUGUUGCUCAAACUGGAAAAGCCUAUAUUCAUGACUUUCUAGAUAUCAAUGACAGACCUGUGCUUGUGGUGGUCGCAGCGAAGCAUUUUCCUAAAGCACAGGACCCUGCGGACGAUGAGAAGUUAUGUGUUUUCUUAAUUGAGAAGGCAUUGAGUAAGCUUCCAACUGGGAAAGAACAGAUACUUGGAAUAUUUGAUCUUAGAGGUUUUGGUACAGAAAAUGCUGAUCUUAAAUACUUAACAUUCUUGUUUAAUGUGUUCUAUUAUUACUAUCCCAAGCGACUGUCUCAAGUACUAUUUGUGGAUGCUCCUUUUGUGUUUAAACCAAUUUGGCAGCUUACCAAGCCGAUGUUAAAAUCAUAUUCUUCUCUGGUAAGAUUCUGCUCUGCAGAGACUGUGAGGAAGGAAUAUUUUACAAGUGAAACUUUGCCACCUAACUUCAGAGAUUGAAAGUUAUUUUUGUAAGACAUGAAAAUUUGCAGUAAACUUUACAGAGCUACUCUUGUUUAGCAUUUAUCAUGGACUUUCAAAGAUUAAUAUGUGGAUCUGGCAACAGCAACUCAUAAGAAUUUUGAGAGGCGUUUUUGAAGAACCAUGCUUGUAUAGGCAUCCCAUUUCCUUGUUUCUUCUUAUGCCUGGUAUGUAGGAAUCUAAGAGGAAUUAUGCAGGAGAUAGGGGAAUUAUAUUAGUGGGUUGAAAUUGAAAUCAGCUCUUUUAAGAGUAAUACCAUAUAGAUGCAAUAUUGAAGAGCCAAAUUCGUCUGCUUGGAAGACAGGUGUUGUUUAUGCGAUCCGAUAAGAGGAGUAAGUAUUUUCAUUUUAUUGCUUUUUUAGGGUGCAUUUUCAUGAUAUAUUUGUAACAGUAUCUCUUGUAUAACUGGUGCAAAAUGGCGUUUGAAAUAAAUAUGAUUAUUCUUUUUCCUUAAA